AUGUAAACAAUAAUGACCUUCAUAGAAUAGAAAAAUUAACAAGUUCUAGAAUUACUUAGAAACUUUGUUCUAGAUUACUAAAAUAUUGACUUGUUUUAAAGUUUAAUACUAGAAGAUGGUAAUCCUGAAACCACGUUUGUUCUUUAUUCAAUUCUCUAAAAAUCUCUGAUAAAUGGAGAUCAUUUUACGAAUUUUCCUCAUCAAAAUGUGAACACUGAAUACUUUUAUAAUGAAUAUGACCAUCGAUUAAAUAUUACAGAAGUGUGCACAAAGCAUAUUGAAAUUGCUCUAAUUUAUUUGCAAUAAUCGCACAAUCAUCCAAAUUAUGUGUACAACUAAGUAAUAUUUACAAUUGCUCUUUUAUUGAGGAAAAAUUGGGUUGACAUUUUGAAGAUUGAAGAUCUCAUAAGUUCAAUUAUAACCAGCACUUUAUAAACAAAUAAAAUAGUCUUUUUUAAAAUAUUUGAAAACAUAAUCGGCUGCAUUAGACAAUAUUCAUAUGCUAGUGGGUAUAUUGAAUUUAGGAAAAUCCUCAAUAAUUUUUAAACAUUAUCAUUAUAGAGAAUAUUACAAGCGAUUCACUUACAAAUUAAGUAAUUGUAAGGAGAAACUUUAAUUACGUUAUAUCCAUAAAAUAAAGUAAUGGUAGAAUCCUUUAUCAACUUGUUAUAUUAGUUGAUGAACUUGAAUUUUAAUUUGAGCUAUUAUGAAAUUGAUGUAGAUCAUGAAGGAAAGGAUUCCUAAUUUACUAAUUUUCCAGAUUACUAUUUAGAUUUAAUAAUUGACCCUGUAUUUUUGAUUGAGCUUUUUCGAGAUACAAUCGGCUUCAUAAAUAUUGAUCAAAAUCUAGCUCUGUUUUGUAUAGGUAUGCUUUAAAGGAUUGCUUGUGUAAGAUUGUCAAUAUUUCACAAUAAGAAAUGCAAAGGAGGAUUCAGAAGAGUAAUGUGGGAAGGAUUGCUCUAUUUAUAUUAAAAUCAAGAUUCAUUUAUAAAAUAUGUAGAGUUUUCCUCUGAAAUACAUUCAUUGGCUGUUAGAAUCAUUAAUAAUCUGACAUUGAGAAAAAUAGCAAAAUUUUAGAUUAUUUUUGAUAAUUUUUUCUAGUUGAUUUAAUAAGUGUACUAAAAAACAGUUCAACUAUAUGGAGUCAAAAUUAUGGCAAAUAGUCCUAUAGUAAAAUUACAGGAACUUUGGAAUUAAAUUGGGUAUUAGGGUUCAUUGCAUUUACCUUCGAAUGAUGUAUUAAAUGUACAAAUAAAUAAAACGAUGCAAAAUCAGUUAAUUAUGGUUUUGUAGACAUUUUUUUAAUAAAACUAAUUUACAGAAAUUUCAUAAGAAUGCAGUGUCAAGAAAUUUAAGAAAUUAUUGGAUUUAACAUUCAUACCCUUUCAUUGUCUAUUUAAAUCCCACAUCUAAGAUAAUAUUAGUCUCAUUUUACAGAUGAUUGAAUAAUUAAGAGGAGACAAUGAAUAUUAAAGUGCCUCCGUUAUAUGUUUAACCGCUGUAUUUUUAUUGCACACAUCAAACACCGAGUAUUUAAAUUUGGGAUUUGAUUGCUAUAAUUUUGGAUAGAAGGAAGAGCCUAAGCCUAACCUUGAUGGAUAGGCUUAUAUCUUAAAAUUUAUAGUGGAACUUAUAAUGAAUUCAUAAGUAUAAAAGAAUACAAGAAUACUAAAAAUGGCAAUUCUGUCGUUUAUCGAAAGCUUUAUUACUACAACUAUUGAUUCAUUCUGUUAUGAAUAAGAAACACAAUAAUUUAAGAAUCUGUCUUAACUAUAUUCCUAAUUGAUACGUGCAGAUUAAAGAUACCAAAAUUAUUUAUUGGUUUUGGAGACUAUGCUUGAAGAAUGUUUCUAAGUAUUUACAUACGGUGAUCCUUUCUUGAUAGAAUUCAGUCUUAAAUUGAUUGAAUAUAUUUACUAGAAAGUGAAAAAGUACAUUCCCAGAAAAGUAUUUAAGGCAUGCAGUAUCACAGAUAUGCUGAAGUAAUUUUUCUUAUAAUUAAACAUCACUUGUUUGAGUACUCCUCAGUAUAUAAAAAAAAGAGCUUUGGUUUUUAAAAUAAUUACUAUAGUUUGGGUAGAUGAUUGCUCUGAUGAUUAUGUCAAUGCUCUUGUUGAUAUCUACAAUCAAAUAAAAUAAAGCAUUUUAACAGAGAUUAAUAAAAUCAACAUACUUAAGUAUGUUUGGGAUCUUAUUGGAAUAGCUUCAGAAAUAGAUGUCGAUAACAUUUACAGAACAUUCUUAAGAAUUAUAUACCCUGAUUUAGCUAAAUUAUUGACACCUGAAAACAUUGAGUUGUUUGCUAAAGACUAUGAUUCUUCGAUUGCCAUCAUUACAUUAUUCAAAGCCAUCUUCUACAAUAAAAACACUAGAUUGUCAACCGAAAAUAUUUAAUUAAUAUUGUAUCAAAUUUAUGGUAAAGCCAUGAAAUUCUUCAUCAUUUUAAUUUAAUAGUAGAUUCAAACUGCAAAAACUCAGUAAAAAUUGUCGGAUUUCUAAUUGAAGUAAGUAUCGAAACUUUUGGCUCUUAUGAGUUAAAUAUGUGGAUAGAAGAAAAUUAAUCAAGGAUUUUUCAUCAUCUACAAUGAUUAAUCUUUUCUGGAUCUUUUUAACUUAUAGAUAUAACUCAUCUUAAUUUAUAGACCAUUGCUUUAGCAUAUUCCAAAAUAUAAAAAAUUGCUAUAUGAAUGUUUUGAUUGUAUAUGUUAAGACCACUCAGAAACUUUAGCUUACAAGUCUGAGUUGAAUUCCUAUCUUGAUAUUUUCCUAAUUUGUAAAGAUACAUUAAAAGAUGUUAUUUAUGAUAACUAAGGAGAAGACACUAUCAAUGAAAAUUGUGCAACACUCAUUUUAAUUGGAACUCUAUUGAGCAAUAUAGCAACAUUUUUAGUUUAAGAAGCUUCAGUGGGAGAUGUAAAUGAUUUGCAAACAAUUAAAAAUAAAAUAAAUACCAUCAAUAUCUAGGGAAAAUAAUUACUAUGUGAAAUCUUUAACUUGAGCUGUUAAAUCACUUUAAUAUAUCCAAAAAAUUCAAAAAUGAUGUUUGCAAUCCCAGAAAUUCUAUUUGCCAUCUCUAUUUUUAAUCCAUCUGAUUUUGAGACCCUGCUUGUCACACUGAUAACCAAUCAAAUAGGAAUCAUCUCAAACCCAAUAAUUGAUCAAGUCUUUUUAGCAUUUAAGAAUCUCUAAGGAGAGUUAUAAAUUUCAAAUAAAGAAGAUUUUGUAAGAAGAAUUAAAAUAGUCUUAGAAAUGUAUAAAUGA